CUGCGCAGAUGUUCAGCUCUAUUCCACGUGUUACAGUCUUAUCUAGAACCUACAGACAGACAGAGAACACUGUUCUGCACUGAUUUCAGCAUCUGCUGCUCAUUUUAUCAACAUCUGGAGAACCUUCAGACACCAUGUGUUCCACGCAGAACCAGAAGUGAUGCUGAGACAGAAGAAGAAAAGAACCUUCAGACGUGAUGUGGUCCACACAGAACCAGGAGUGAUGCUGAGACAAGAGAAGAACAGAUUGAUUCCCUCCACAGCAUACCUGUGCUGAUCAAAAGUAGCCAAUCAACUUUCUGAAACAAUGGCAACAAAGUCUGAGAAGAAUAAUGCCUCUACGAUGAGUGACACAGAGGAGGCUGACAUUCAAAGGAGACCAAGCUCACCUUCAUCCAGCUGUGUGUCCUUGAAGAGUAACCAAUCCAAAGACCCCCCUCACAACUUCAGAAAUGAAGGAACACCUACUCAAGAAAGGAGAUCAAGCUCACCAUUAUCCAGCUGUGUGUCCAUGAAGAGUGACCAGUCUAAAGACCCCCCUCACAACUUCAGAAAUGAAGAAGCACCAGCUCAGGAAAGGAGACCAAACUCCCCUUUAUCCAGCUGCGUGUCCUUCAAGAGUGACCAGUCCAAAGACCCCCCUCACAACUUCAGUGGUAAAGAAUCUACUCAAGAAAGCUGCGUGUCUAUGAAGAGUAAUCAAUCAAAAGACCCUCCCCACAAUUUCAGAGAGAAAAACAUACCCAAAACUAAAAGGAGACCAGGCUCACCUAGAACCAGCAGUGUGUCCAUGAAAAGUGACCAGUCAAAAGAUCCACCUCACAACUUCAGAAAUGAAGAAUUUCCUGCACAGGAAAGGAGACCAAGCUCACCUAGACCCAGCGGUGUGUCCAUGAAGAGUGAUCAGUCAAAAGACCCUCCUCACAACUUCAGAAAUAAAGACUCACCAGCUAAAGAAAGGAAGAGACCAGGCUCAUCCAGACCCAGUUGUUUGUCCAUGAAGAGUGACCAGUCUAAAGACCCCCCUCACAACUUCAGAGAUGAAUUACCCACAGAGGAACAAUGUGCAUCCAUGGAAAGAAGACAAUCAAAAGAUGACGAUCUAAACUCCAAAGACAGAUCGGGGUCUAUAAAAAUGGGUUCCCCCGAAAAAAUGGAGCCUAAUUUACAGAAUUUCACUGACCAGCAAAGUUUCAAGAAGACCCCGGAUCUCUGUCGCAUCUUCUCUGAUCUGGAGAACAAAAUAAUUGUUUUCAUCAAGCAUGAGCUGGAGCGGUUCAGGAAGAUUCUGACAAAAGAAAACACAAAAUACUAUGAAAAGCUGACAGAUGACUGGUGCAGCGCUAAAGAGGGAGCUCUUAAUCUUGCUCUGCACUUUCUGAAGAAGAUGAAGCACGAUAACAUUGCUGAUGCACUGGAGACAAAUGAGCUGGUUGUCAUUCGUCAGUGUGAACUCAAGUCCAAUAUGAAAAAUAAAUAUACACGUAUAUUUGAAGGAAUAGCACAGAAAGGUGGUUCUACUCUCCUAAACAAAAUCUACACAGAUCUCUACAUCACAGAGGGUGUUAAGACCAAAGAUGAAUCUGAGCUGAAGAAGAUUGAAGCAGCAUCCAAGAAUCAGGAAACCAUAGAGGAACCAAUUCAGUGCAAUGACAUGUUCGAAGCACUAAGCGAAGAAGACAAACCCAUCAGAACUGUGAUGACACAGGGCAUUGCUGGCAUUGGAAAAUCAGUCUCUGCGCAGAAGUUCAUUCUGGAAUGGGCGAAUGGAAAUAAAAAUCAGAGAAUUAAGUUUAUCUUCCCACUUCCAUUCAGAGAGCUGAAUUUGAAGGAAGGAAAACACAGUCUGAUGGAUAUUCUCAACCAGUUUUUCCCAGAGACGAAAGGUCUGAGAUUUCGGGAAAAGUACAAAGUCAUGUUCGUCUUUGAUGGUCUAGACGAAUGCCGACUCCCUCUUAAUUUCAAGAAAAAUGAACACUGCGCUGACGAAACACAGAAAGCAUCGUUAGAUGUUCUGCUGACAAACCUCAUCAAGGGGAAUCUGCUGCCCUCUGCUCUGAUCUGGAUAACCACUAGACCAGCAGCUGCCAGUAUGAUCCCUGCUGAGUUUAUCGACCGAGUCACAGAGGUGCGUGGCUUCAAUGAUAAGCAGAAAGAUGAAUAUUUCAGAAAGAAAAUCAGUGAUCAGGACCUGGCCAUCAAAAUAAUUGAUCACAUCAAAGAGUCAAGAAGCCUCCACAUCAUGUGCCACAUCCCUGUCUUCUGCUGGAUCUCAGCCACUGUACUUGAGCAGCUUUUGAAAGGAACACAGAAUGAAGACACUCCAAAAACACUGACACAAAUGUACACACGAUUUCUGAUCUAUCAGACCGUACAGAAAAAUCAGAAGUCUGGUGAGCAGACUGCAUCGGAUGUACCCUGGGAUAAAGAGGGCAUAUUGGCCUUAGGAAAACUGGCUUUUCAGCACUUGGAGAAGAACAAUCUGAUCUUCUACAGCGAGGACCUAAGAGAGUGCGGUAUUGAGAUCAGUGAAACUUCCGUGUACUCUGGAGUGUGCACACAAGAGACUGGGAUGUUUCUGGGCACAGUGUACAGCUUUGUGCAUCUGAGCAUUCAGGAGUUUAUUGCUGCUUUGUAUGCAUAUGUUUGUCUCAACAAUGACAAGAAGAAUGUCUUUUCCCACCAGAACACAUCACAGGAAAAUGGAAAUGAGACCAUUGUUAGUUUGCUGAAGACUGCAGUAGACAAGGCUUUAGAGAGUGACAAAGGCCACCUGGACCUCUUCCUUCGUUUCCUUCUAGGCCUCUCACUGGAGACCAAUCAGGUGCUCAUUCGAGGUCUGUUGACCCAGACAGGAAGCAGCUCAGACAGCAACAAGGAAAUAGUUCAGUACAUUAAGGAUAAGUUUGGAGAAAAUCCAUCUCCAGAGAGAUCAAUCAAUCUCUUCUACUGUCUGAAUGAACUGAAUGAGCGUUCUCUAGUGCAGGAAAUGCAGAAGCAAAUGAAAGACGGAACACUUUCCAUGAGUGAACUCUCACCUGCACAGUGGUCAGCUCUGGUCUUUGUGUUGCUGACAUCAGAGGAGGAGCUUGAAGUUUUUGACCUGAAGAAGUUCAUUGGAUCAGAUGAGUGUCUUAAGAAACUGCUUCCAGUGGUCGAAACUGCUAAAAUAGCUUUGCUCAAUGACUGUAAAUUGACAGAGACCAGCUUCAAAGCUUUAGUCAAACCUCUAAGCUCAGAAUCCUCAAAGCUGAUUAAGCUGGAUCUGAGUGACAAUGCUCUACAGGACUCAGGACUAAAGCUGCUCUCUGCUGGACUGAGUAGCAAAAACUGUAAACUGGAGGAACUGAGCAUCAAUAACUGUGGCCUAACAGAGGAGAGCUGUCAAGAUAUGGCUAGAGUUUUCAGCUUAGAGCAUUCCAUGUUGAAAAGCCUGGAACUGAGUAAAAACAAUCUGCAGGAUUCAGGAGUGCAGCGUCUUGCUGCUGGAUUGGAGAAACAACAGGUUAAGAUCAAAAAUCUGAGGCUGUGUGACUGCAGUAUAACAGAGCAAGGCUGUGCUGCUUUGGUUUCGGCUCUAAAAUUCAAUUAUUCAUCACACUUGACAGAGUUGGAUCUGAGUGAGAAUAAAAUAGGAGUUGCAGGAGUGGAGAAGCUCUCUGUCAUAUUUAAAAAUUACAGUUGCAAACUGGAGAAACUGAUGCUCAGUUACUGUCAUAUUGCAGGGGAGGGAUAUGCUGCUCUGGCUUCAGCUCUGAAAUCAAACUCCUCAUCACACCUCAUAGAGCUGGAUCUCAGAGGGAACGAUCCUGGAGAUACAGGAGUGAAGGAGCUCACUGUUCUAGUAGAUGAUCCAAGCUGUAAAUUGAAGACACUGAGGCUGUUGAAAUGUUCUGAUGCAGAAGAAGCCUAUAAGUUUCUAACUGAGAGUGUAAGAACAAAUCCCUUACUUGAGAGAAAGCUGGAUCUGAGGUCGGAAACCCUAGAUGACUCAAGAGUGAAGCAGCUCUCUGCCCUACUGGCAGAUUCGCACUGCAGACUUCUGGAACUCAGACUAAAUAGUGGACUGACAGAGGAAAGCUGUGCUGCUCUGGUGUCAGCGCUUUGUUUAAAUCCUUCACACCUGAGAACACUGGAUCUGAGUACGAACAAAGUGGGGAAAUCCGGAGCGGAGAUGCUUGGUACUCUUUUGGAGAAUCCUAACUGUCAACUGCAAAACCUAGGACUCAGUAACUGCAGUAUAACAAAGGAAGGCUGUGCUGCUGUGGCAUCAGCUGUAGAGAAAAACCCUUCACAUCUGAAAGAACUGGAUCUGAGUGGGAAUAAAAUAGAAGGUUCUGGACUUGAUCAAAUUUCUGCUUUACUGAAGAAUACACACUGCAUCCUAGACACACUGAGGCUCAGUUACUGUCAUAUUGCAGGGGAGGGAUAUGCUGCUCUGGCUUCAGCUCUGAAAUCAAACCCCUCAUCACACCUCAGAGAGCUGGAUCUCAGAGGAAACCAUCCUGGAGAUACAGGAGUGAAGGAGCUCACUGUUCUAGUAGAUGAUACAAGCUGUAAACUGAAGAUACUGAGGUUGCUGAAAAGUUCUGAUGCAGAAGAAGCCUGUGAUUCUCUGACUCAACUUUUAAAAAUAAACCCUUUACUGCAGACAGAGCUGGAUCUGAAAGGAAAAAUACAAGGAGACACAAAAGUCAAGCAGCUUUCUCUUCUGCUGGAGGAUUCACACUGCAGACUACAAAAACUUGGGCUUUCAGAUUGCAGUAUAACAGGGAAUGGAUAUGCUGCUCUGGCUUCAGCUCUGAAAUCAAACUCAUCACACCUCACAGAGCUUGAUCUCAGAGGGAACGAUCCUGGAGAUACAGGAGUGCAGAAGCUCACUGAUGUAGUAGAUGAUCCAAAAUAUAAACUAAAGACACUGAGACUAUUGAAGAGUGAUGAUGCAGUAGGAGCCCAUGCUUUCCUUUUUGAAUGUCUAAAGAAAGAGCCUUUAGUUUUGACUGAGCUGAAUCUGAGCAAGAAAAAACUAGGAUCUACAGAACUGAAGCAGCUCUCUGCUCUGCUGGUGGACUCACACUGCAAAUUAAAGACACUUAGGCUCAACGAAUGUGAUCUAACAGAGAAAAGCUGUGAACAUCUGGCCAAAGUUCUCAGUUCAAAGGAUUCCAAACUGACUGAGUUGGACCUCAGUAACAAUCACCUAGGGGAUCCAGGAGUGAAGGAACUCUCAACUGCACUGAGGAAUUCACACUGUAAACUGGAAACCCUGAGGCUUUCAGAGUGUCGUGUAGGCGAGAAAGGAUAUGCUGCUCUGGCUUCAGAUCUGAAAUCAAAUAAGUCAUCAGUCCUGAAAGAGCUGGAUCUCAGAGGGAACGAUCCUGGAGAUAAAGGAGUGGAGCUGAUCAGAAGCACAUCUUUAAGGAAAAUAAGGCUGUUGAAAAACCAUGCUGCAGAUGAAGCCCAUGACUCUCUGACCAAAGCUUUUGGAAAAGAUCCUUUACUGCUGUCUGAGCUGGAUCUAAAGAAGUAUGAACCAAGGCAUGCAGGAGUAGAGCAGAUCUGUGGAGUACUGGAGGAUUCCCACUGCAGAUUGAAGACCCUUAAACUGUAUAAAUCAGGCAGUAUUACAGAGAGAGACUGUGCUGCUCUGGUUUCUGCUCUGACUGCAAACCUCUCACAACUGAGAGAGCUGGAUCUGAACAAGAAUAAAUUGGAUAAGUCAGGAGUGCAGAAGCUCUGCAAUCUACUGAAGAAUCCUCACUGUAAAUUGGAGAAACUGACGCUAAAUAAGAACAAUAUCACAAGCAAAGACUGUGCUGAUCUGGCAUCAGCUCUUUCUUCAAGUCUUUCACACCUAAGAGAACUGGAUCUGAGUGAAAAUGUAAUUCAAGAUUCAGGAUUGAAGCAUUUUUGUGAUGUACUGAAGACUCAGGAGAGUAAACUAGAAAAAUUACUGUUAGUGAGCUGUGGUAUAAAAGAGGAAGGCUGUGCUGCUCUGGUUGUAGCUCUGAAAUCAAACUCCUCACACUUGAAAGUUCUGGACCUGCGUGAAAACAGUCUAGGAAAUUCAGUGAAAGAUCUUGCUGAAGUGCUGAAGGAUUCCAAAUGCAAUAUACAAUUGGAUGGCGUUUUUAGGAAAAUUGUUAAUAGUAUUACUGGGUGGUUCUCUGGAGGUGGUACAGAUAGCCCACAAACAACAGUGAGUGGAGUGGAUGAGGAAAGUGGACCAGCGUCGAGCGGCGAGUACGGGGAAAGACCGGCGCCAGCGUCGGGUGGAGCUGACAUGUCUAAAGAAGCCAGAACUACACGUAGCCUAGCAGAGCAGCCUUCAGAGAAGGGGGGUAACUGUGGUACAGGGGUGCAGGGCACUAAGAAGUUCAGAGACAGGUCUUACAAAAGAUCCUCACAAAUCUCCUCCAAAAACAUACAGGACAAAUAAAUUAAUGUGUGAAAUGAAUUAAACAAAAAUUUGAUAAAUGAAUCACAUAUUCCCCUCAUAUGGGGUGGGAAAAACUUGAUUCUUAGGUGCAUCGUGAUGCGGAGGUGAAACAUUCUGAACCGAUUCACAAAUGUCAGAAAUCAAUUUUCUAAAUUUUUAUUUAGAACGUAAUGUUGACGGAACGUAAAGGUUGGAAGUUGGAAGUGCGGAAGUGCGGUGGCCAGACAGUCUGUGGUGGCACAUAACAGGAACACCAGUGGAUGAGCGGGAAAUCCAACUUUGUGUUAAAGCCAGAUUAGAUCAGGCAUCAAAGCCCAAAUGUUAAGAAGAGACAUUUUGUCCUUUCAACAAAGUCAAACGACCUUGGGAGCCACAACAUUUGAUGCACAGUAUGUCUGGGUGUGAGCUGCUGUCCUAGCAGAGGCUAAAAAAUAUGAUCGGAACCACAGUGAUACAUAUUCUUCUACUUAAAUAAAUAAAAUGUUUUAACUUC